GUGUACACCCUGUUGAGGACAGGAUUGGAGAGAUCUGACAUGGACCAGGUGACUGUGGCUUUCCUGCUGGCUCGUCAAGGCUGUUUGGAGGGUACACAUGUAGCCAUGUCCUACCAGGAAUGGUUUCAGAGAAUGUUUGGUGAUGGAUCGCGGUCGUUGACCAACACAAGGAAAGCAUUCACAGUUCUAAUGAGGUUUCUUACUGAGCUAGUUCCCUUUGAAUGGACAGCACACCUCAAGGUACAUAUCCUACGACCCCCAUUUGUACCUCCAAAGUGUAGAGAGCUCCUCACAGACUACAUCAUGUUGGCGAAGACACGAUUAGCAGAUCUUAAGGACCCUAUAGACUUAACAGGAGAUAGAGAGGAUGGUGAUAAAAGGAAGAUAUUGGAGCAAACGGAGAGAGAUGUACAGCUAGCAUUGUCUACCUUUGAAGGAACAAACAAAAUUCCAUCAUCUGUGAUGGAGGCCAGUAUCUUCCGAAAGCCCUACUUCAUUGGGAGAUUUGUACCAGCAUUACUCAAACCAAGACCACUUCCUGAUGUCCGUGAUGGGAGGAUGAAGUUCAUUGACACGCUCAAACGCGUGGAGAAGAUUCCCACUAACCUGUACACAGUCUAUGUGACAGCCUGUCGUCAGGAAGCUGCCAAGCUCUUACAAGGUGUUUUCCCAGAGGAUGAAGAGGAUGAUAUCACCGACAUGACCAUGGAUCCCCUGGAGCAGCUUGAGCAUCGUCUUGGACAACUAAUCGACACACUUACUCUCGGCCCUGCUUCUCAAUGCUACAAUCUUAAAGAGCCAGAACUGAUGUCAAUCAUCAGAGAGAAAAUGUCCGUUACUCUGGAUGAGGAGAGUAAUCAGUCUCCACAGCGGACUGUGGUCACAGUCAACGCCCACUCUCCUCAGCUGUCACUCAUACAUGUAAAGGUAGUGGACCUGUUACUGAAUGUGAUCUGUAAGGUGACCAGCCACAGUUUACAGACUGACCAGCCGGACCUUACCUGGGCAUCAAACCUCGUCAGUGUUAUUGGGGAGUUCCCAUCUCUACAUAAAGCUCUGUAUACUCGUGUUUGGAAAAUCGUCAAUGAAACUGGUUCUAAAUUAGAAGAGCAUCACAUCCAAGGAAUUGCCAUGACGAUGUGUCAGAUGUGUGUCCAUGGUGACCGCUUUGGUGAGGCUUGUAUCCAAGUGUGUGGAGGGGUCAGUCUGACCGAUACCCUGUCACGCCUUGUGUGGUCUCGGGGGUCAAUACGGUCAGCACAGUGUAUGCAGUUCAUGCUUAGGUUGACCACUGCCUACCUACAAUGUGUGUUUAGCUGCCUGGAUGGUACUCAGCUAGCCAGUCUGAAGGACUCGGUCAUUCCCAGACCACUGGUCACUCUGUUUGUGUUUUUAUGCUGUCGCCUGCUGCCACAGAUCAGGAAUCAUCAAAAUCCCCGAGGAUCAGGGGAGUUCAGGCUCACACAUCUCAUCUACCGCUCAAAAAAGUUCACCGAGUGUUGUCAGCAUAUACAGCUGACAUUUAAGGAAUGGGUUACCAUGGAGAUGACAGUUUGUCCUGACCUUGACCUUUUGAGUUUCCAUGAAAGGAGGGAAUAUCACUGUUGGUGUAUGUACCAGAAAUUUUCCUGCUCGGUUCCUAGGACGGAAGGUCAGAAACUGAAUACUGGAUGUUUGGAUGUGAGGGAGGCAUGCUCAGUCCUGAUGGAGGCCUUACUCACAGAAAGUUUUAGGCACACUUCUAAGUCUACAGUAAGCUGUGGUCAGUGUCACCAUGACAACAGGACUGGUGCAGAUCACGGGGGACGAGCAGAUUUUGUACACCUACUGCAGGAAAUUGUGACAAAGUUACCAAGCACAGGAAGUGAGGAGGAUUGUGGGAGUCCAUGGCUACUUCAGCAGCUACUCAAGGCUUUACAGCAGCAUGGCAGUGACAGUCUGGGAACAGAAGCUAUCCUACAUCAUUUUAUAAGACUGGCCAUGUGUCUGCCUGCCCAUCUGUUUUACUGUGAUAACGUCCACAAAUUGACCGACUCAGGACUAAGCAUCACCAGCUGUGAUGUCAUCAACACAAAUCUAAAACAUGGAUUAUGUCAUGGCAGCCAUUUUCCUCUCAGUGUGACCCAGUAUCUUGUACAGGGAAUGGCUGACUGUGCCCGGUAUACAGAUGUUAGCAAAGUGUUGAUGGAGGCUCCGAUACUGUCAAUAUCAACGUUGGUUCAUGUUCAGCAUGUUGCCAGUGUGAUGGAGGGAAUGCAGACUGAUCACCAGCAGGAUAUUUCAUUCCUGUUAACCGUCCAGUGGCUUGAAGAGUAUUUGAGUGGACAGAGAGAACCACCUCAUAAUGAAGCCACGCCGUGGAUGGUUGCUGCAGCUGCUGUCUCUCUCGCUUUGACCAGUGAGGAGGUCCCACAAGACUUGCUGACAGAUAUCAGUUGUGCAGGAGACAAGUCAAGCAAUGAUACACUGGCAGUGUAUUGUCACCUGGUGUUAGCUGAACUGACAACAGCACAUAUGUGUAACAGUGACACAAAGAAACAGUGUCUGCAGGAGUCGUGUUGGCAUGUCCUGCAGUUGUGUCCCUCCGUCCUAACCACAAUAGUUCACCCUACAGAAGAUCAUCUAAUUUACACCUCGGCAGUAGCUCAGAGGACAGAACACCUCACGUUACUGAGGCUCUUGUGUGAACUUGAGACAUUUCAUGUUCUCAACAUAUCACAUGGAUUGGACUGUGUCGUUACCCUGUUUGGAAGUGUAGUCAGGAUGUUUGAUCAAGGUCAAACACUUGAUGGACCUGGAUGUGAAACAUCAGAGAUCUUCUCUAUACAAGAAAUUCUGGAUCUAGCUGAAUUUGUGAAACAGUGCAUCAAGCUAUCAACCAUUGAGCAGUUAAAUGAUAUUGAAUGCAAGGACAACAUUAAAAUGUGUGGAGCAGAUAUCUAUAUGUCAUUCAAACAACAGAUGUCAAUGAUGAGAUGACCAGAGACGUUGGUUGUGUCAGAAGAGAGGACAUGUUUGGGUUAGAUGGAAGAAAUCCGAAUUUGUUAAUAUAGU